UGUGUGUUGUCUGUUGUGAGUCUGUUCCAGCGCUGGGUUGGGUCCAAAGGAAGCGAAGGCGGCGUUUUGCGGCCGGCCGGGAUGCAGGAUGACCGAAGCAGGCAGAAUUCCCCGUAGAACGACGGGUUCCACUUUCUUGCACCCUAUUAGCGACCUUUUCGGUAUCCCCCUCGAGCAGGUCAAUUUCGUUGCUUGUCAGCUUUGUGCACUCUUGGCUGCAUUUUGGUUUCGCUUGUACUUAAAGCCUAGUCAAGCCAACUCCGGUGUUCGUCAUGCAUUUGCCACAAUUUUGGGAAUAUAUUUUGCCCUCUUCUGCUUCGGUUGGUACUCCAUCCAUAUUUUUACUUUAGUGAUGAUAAGUUAUUUCAUCGUGAACAUGGCCAGUAUUUCCAACAUUCAUAGGUAUUCUUUUUUGGUAGCUAUGGGAUACCUCACACUGUGCCACAUUAGCCGAAUAUAUAUAUUCCAGUAUGGUAUUCUCACUACAGAUUUCUCAGGCCCGUUGAUGAUUGUAACACAAAAGAUCUCAACUCUUGCAUUCCAGGUUCACGAUGGAAUAGGUAAAAAAGCUGAAGAUCUAACUUCUGAACAGAAGCAGCUUGCUAUAAAGACAAGACCUUCCCUAUUAGAGUAUCUGAGUUAUCAGCUCAACUUCAUGAGUAUUAUUGCUGGCCCAUGCAGCAAUUUUAAGGAUUAUAUAGAUUUCAUCGAAGGGAGACACGUGCAGAUGAAGUUAUUGAAGUCCGGUUGGAAACAGAGGAGUUGCGAUAGAUUUCCUGAUCCUUCUCCAGUGGGAGCCAUCCUGCAGAAACUUGCUAUCAUGCUUCUAUCUCUGGUAGUGUUUUUGACGCUUACCAAGACUUUCCCAGCCACUUACAUUGUUGACGAUCAAUUUAUGAAUCAAUCUUCAUUCUUGACAAGGCUUGGUUUUCUAUAUGUUGUCAUGCAAGCCUCAAAGCCCAAAUACUACUUCGCUUGGACACUUGCUGAUGCAAUUAAUAAUGCAGCCGGUUUUGGAUUCAACGGUGUGGAUGAGAAAGGCAAUUAUCGCUGGGAUCUUCUGUCCAAUUUGAAUAUCAGGAAUAUUGAGAUGGCAACAAGUUUUAAAAUGUACUUAGAAAACUGGAAUAUUCAAACAACUGCCUGGCUUAAACGUGUAUGUUAUGAUCGGACUUCUUGGUAUCCUACAGCCUUAACGUUUCUUCUCUCAGCUCUUUGGCAUGGUGUUUAUCCUGGAUAUUAUUUUACAUUUACCACUGGCAUCUUUAUGACACUAGCAGCCAGAAGAGUUAGGAACAAUUGUCGACCCGUCUUCAUCUCAUCCAAACUGCUCAAGGUGGGCUAUGAUAUGGUCACCUGGUUUGCAACCCAGCUAUCGGUGUGCUAUACUGUGGCACCCUUUGUUCUUCUUGCUGUUGAGCCAACAAUUAAAUUAUACAAAUCGCUGUAUUUCCAUAUGCAUAUUUUAUGUAUAUUGGUAUUACUGGUGCUACCAAACAAACCUCAAAAACUCAGCAGAGGGAACCAGGCCAUUGGAAUGGAGGCACACAGCUGCAAUAAAAUCAAGAAACAAAAGUGAGACUGGAAAUCCUCUGCAAGAUCAUCAAACAAAAGUUACAGAGAAGGCAUACCAUGUCUUCAUUUAAAACACUUUCUAAAGGACGUGACAGAACUGGACUUUUUAUUGAAAUACAACUCUUACUUGGUAAUGUUUACAUACUUCAAGGACAAGAUUUAUUUUAUAAAUUAAAAAAGCUAUUUUACUGAAGGGUUCUACUGCAUUUAAAUAUUUAUUCUUGUGUUUCAUUUGUUGAAAACAUAUAUUAUCUAUUGUUCAGGCAAGUUGGUUCACCUAACAUUUAAGGCAGUGUUUCUCAACCUUGGCAACUUGAAGAUGUCCGGACUUCAACUCCCAGAAUU